AUGACAGAUGUGUUACGCAAACCGCCAAUGGAGCCGCCACAGCCGCCACCGCUCGAUGAAGUGACUGCGGAAAAUCCCCGCGUUGUGACACUAAAUGGACAUGUUGGUUUUGAUGCGCUGCCGCAUCAACUUGUACGAAAGGCUAUUGAACAGGGGUUCCAUUUCAAUCUAAUGUGCGUCGGUGAGACCGGGCUUGGCAAAUCCACUCUGCUCGAGUCACUCUUCAACAUGAAACUCGACUUCGAUGCCUGUGGAGAAGAGCUGACUACAGUCGAAAUCAGAAGCAAGGUCUACGAGGUAAUUGAAGGUGGCAUCCGCCUAAAAAUGCGGAUCGUUGAAACGGCGGGUUUUGGCGAUCAACUCGACAAAGAUAAAAGUGCCAACGUCAUUGUCAGCUAUAUCAACGAGCAAUUUGAGAAGUAUUUGAAGGAGGAAUUGAAGGUGAGAAGAAUGUUGUCGUGCUAUGAAGACACGAGGAUCCAUGCUUGUUUGUAUUUCAUCUCGCCAACAGGGCUUGGCCUAAAAGCCCUCGAUCUGGUGACCCUCAAGGAAUUGAGCAAGCGCGUCAAUGUCAUCCCGGUCAUCGCAAAAAGUGAUACGAUCAGUAAAGAUGAAUUGAUCCGCUUCAAAACCAAGAUCUUGGCCGAAUUGACCCAACACAAAAUCGAUAUCUUCAAUUUCCCGACUGACGACGAAACGGUGGCAGCUGUAAAUGCUGAAAUGAACAAACUGCUCCCGUUCGCGGUAGUUGGAAGCACAGAUUUUGUGAAGAAGGAGAAUGGAAAGAUGGUGCGCGCUCGACGGUACCCAUGGGGUAUGGUGGAAGUUGAGAAUGAAGAGCAUUGUGAUUUUGUGAAACUUCGGGAAGCUCUGCUGCGGACGAAUGUGGAUUCACUGCGCGAUCAAACGCAUACGGUGCUGUACGAGAGAUAUCGCCGAGAUCGUCUCCGUGGUAUGCGUAUGGGUGAUGGCGAUACUGGACCAGGUUUUGCCAAUGCGUAUGCACAGAAAAAAGAAGAAUGCGCUUCGGAGAUGGCUAAGCGGGAAACAGAGAUGCGCGAUGAUUUCAGACAGCUGCUUGGUGAACGCGAAGAAGAACUUCGUCGCGAGGAGGAGGCGCUUAACAUUCGCACCCGAGACGUUGAACAUGCGCAUGAAAAGGAAAUGCAGCUGUUGGAAGCUGAGCUAAAAUUGCUACAAGAAGAAAAGACACGCCUUGAAAACAAAGCCAAGAAGGGGAAGAAGGUUGGAAGGACGUUCUCGUUCAAAGAACGCUUUGGACUCGUCUCCAGUACUGAUCUUCAGGCCCCGCUGGGCAAGGCCGAAGAUUCUGCGUUUAUC